AUGAUCCGUUAUUUACUCCUUUCUGUGCUUGCAGCAUUGUAUCUACUCGUGAAAAGUGAAUUUGUCAAUGAAAAUGAGUUUACGGUAUGUCUGUUCAAAGAGUACGCCAAUCAAACUUGCUUCACCAGCGACUCCAUGCAGGAUUUGGCGGAAAAUAUAACCGAAGAAUAUUCAAGAAUCGAAUUCAGCAAUAAUUACUUCCCAAUUAUUCGAAAGGGAUUCCUUCCGAAUCUACAAACAAUUGAUAACAUAUGGAUUGAUAAUUGCAGCAUUUCUGCGCUAGAACCUGGCGCCUUCAAAGGUUUGGACUAUCGUGUCGUGGGAUUGGAUGAUAAUAACUUAACAAGAAUUGAAAGUGGUGUAUUCACAAAUCAUCCUCGUAUUAAUUCUUUGUAUAUCAGAAGAAACUACAUAGAAUUCAUUCAUAAAGAUGCAUUUUCCAACAUGAAGUAUUUACAGUUGAUUAAUCUUUCUCGCAAUCGAUUGAAAUACUGGGAUCCCGACUGGUUUGCAGGUAACACUAUGGCACUUAUAUUUUUCCCACACAAUUUGAUCGAAGAACUGCCCGAUAACGCAUUCAAAUUCGCUGCUAAAGCACAAGCACCACCUAUCGGAAUAGACAUGAGGAAUAACAAGAUUAAGACUAUAUCUGAUGAUGCUUUUCUUGGAGUUACUUACGUGCACAAUUUACUAUUUGCUUCAAAUCAAUUGACUGAGUUUGGAGAGAAAAUACUCAAGAAUACAAAAACUUUUCAACUGGAUAUUAGCGAUAACAAAAUAGAAUGUUUGCCGCAGGAUUUGUCAACUGUUUUCAAAGCAUUGUAUCUUCUAGUGAAAAGUGAAUUUGUCAAUGAAGAUGAGUUUACGGUAUGUCUGUUCAAAAAGUACGCCAAUCAAACUUGCUUCACCAGCGACUCCAUGCAGGAUUUGGCGGAAAAUAUAACCGAAGAAUAUUCAAGAAUCGAAUUCAGCAAUAAUUACUUCCCGAUUAUUCGAAAAGGAUUCCUACCGAAUCUACAAACGAUUGACAACAUAUGGAUUGAUAAUUGCAGCAUAUCUGUGUUGGAACCUGGUGCCUUCGAAAGUUUGGACUAUCGUAUCGUAGGAUUAGAUGACAAUAACUUAACAAGAAUUGAAAGUGGUGUAUUCACAAAUAAUCCUCAUAUUCAUUCUUUGUAUAUCAGAAGAAACUACAUAGAAUUCAUUCAUAAAGAUGCAUUUUCCAACAUGAAGUAUUUACAGUUGAUCAAUCUCUCUCACAAUCGAUUGAAAUACUGGGAUCCCGACUGGUUUGCAGGAAACAUUAUGGCAUUUAUAUUUUUACCACACAAUUUGAUAGAAGAACUGCAAGAUAACGCAUUCAAAUUCGAUACUGAAGCACCACCUAUCGGACUAGACAUGAACAAUAACAAGAUAAGGAAAAUAUCUGAUGAUGCUUUUCUUGGAGUUACUUACGUGCACCAUUUACUUUUUGCUUCAAAUCAAUUGACUGAGUUUGGAGAGAAAAUACUCAAGAACACAAAAACUUUUCAACUGGAUAUUAGCGAUAACAAAAUAGAAUGUUUGCCGCAGGAUUUGUCAACGGUUUUCAAAGACAUGAUGGAUAUGAAUAAUAAGUGUUCUAUAUUCCAUAGGAAGAAAAGCGAACAUUUUGGGUGCCAAAUACCACCAGCAUCUCUGACCAACCGUCUUUUGGGUACGUAUCGUCUUGAAAUUCCUGAGUUCAUGUCUAGUAGGGUACUCGUGAUUGUACUCUUAUCUUUCCCCUCUGGACAAGAUGGCAGAAUGAACGGAUUUGCCAAAGAUUUAGAGGAAAACAUCAUAAUAUAUCUAUAUUCUUUAUUUAGGGAGAAAUGGUGGAGGCUGGGGUAA